AUGGCCGACCCUGUAAUUGGUGCUACCAUACAAGUUGUGCUUGGAAAGCUGCUUUCUCUCACUAUUAAGGAACUCAGUAGCUCAAGGGACUGGAAGAAAGAUCUCGAAAUGCUGACAAAAAAUAUAUCCUUAAUCCAAGCUUUCACUCAUGAUGCCGAAAGACGACAAGUUGAGGAUCAGGCUGUGGAACUAUGGCUCAAGAGGCUUGAGAGAGCUGCUGAAAAUGCUGAAAAUGUGUUUGACGAAUUCAGAUAUGAAUUUAUCAAAAGACAAGUGAAGAUCAGAAACAAACCAAUGAAAAAGGUUAAUGGUUUCUUUUCUCAUGCUGCUUUUAAGAGCGAAAUGUCUCGAAAAAUCAACAACAUCAAUGAAGAAUUGAAGGCUAUCAAUCAGUCAGCCACAUACCUCGGUCUCCAAUCACUGAUGGUUCCUUCUCGGAAAAUACUACCAAUUCGAGAAACAGAUUCCAUAGUAGUUGCUUCUGAUGUUGUUGGUAGAGACAAAGAUGUUGCUGCAAUAAAGGAGAAGAUUUUGAACAUGAGAGAGGAUGUUGUUCUGUGCACCAUUCCCAUAGUGGGUAUGGGGGAUUUAGGGAAAACUACUCUGGCUAAAAGAAUUUUCAAUGACGAACACAUCAAGCAGCAGUUUGAAAAGAGAGUUUGGUUGUGCCUACCUGAAAUGUCAGAAACUAAAAGCUUUCUUGAACUGAUCCUCGAAUCACUGACAAAGAAGAAAGUUGAGGUCCAAAGCAGAGAUAUAAUAGUCCAGACGCUACAAGAUGAAUUGGGAGAAAAAAAGUAUUUGCUUGUCCUGGAUGAUAAGUGGCGUGUUAACUCUACAUCAUGGUAUGAGUUCAUGGACACGUUGAGAGGAAUCAAUACGUCCAAAGGAAACUGCAUUCUCGUGACUACUCGUAUUAAACAAGUGGCAUCCACAAUAGCAGUAGAUCUUCAUAUGUUGAGAAGAUUAGCUAGAGAUCAUUGUUGGUCCAUUUUCAAACAAAGAGCGUUUGUUGAUGGGGAAGUUCCAGAAGAAAUACUGAUUGUGGAGAACAAGAUUGUUGAAAUGUGUCAAGGUCUACCAUUGGCUGCAAGUGUGUUGGGAGGCCUCAUAUGCAACAAGGAUAAACAUGAAUGGCAUGCAAUUCUUGAUGGCAACCCCCUUGUUGCAGGUGAAGAUGAUAACGGGGAAAAUAGCAUAAAGAAAAUCCUAAAACUCAGCUAUGAUUAUCUACCAUCUCCACAUCUGAAGAAAUGUUUUGCUUACUUUGCGAUGUUUCCAAAAGAUUUUGAGUUUGAGAAGGACCAACUAAUCCAACUCUGGAUGGCAGAAGGGUUUCUUCGUCCUUGUCAAGAGACCCCUGUGAUGGAAGACGUCGGGAACAAGUUUUUCCAACUCUUAUUGCAAUAUUCCUUGCUGCUAAAUGUUGAGCUAGAUGUGCACAACAAUACAAUAUGUAAGAUGCAUGAUCUUGUGCAUGAUUUGGCUGGAGAUAUUUUAAAGUCUAAGUUAUUUGAUCAAAAGAGUGUUGGAGCAGAAAAUCUUUCUCAAGUUCGAUACUUUGGAUGGGACUCACCAAGUGAUCAAAUAGAUAAGAUAAAUGAGCCAGGACGUUUGUGCACAUUGUUCUGGAAAAGCAACAUAUCUGAUGAUAUGCUAUUGAGCGUUCAGUUUUUGAGAGUUUUAAAUUUGUCCGGAUCAGGCAUCGAGGGGUUGUCAACCAAAAUCAGCAAGCUAAUAUACUUGAGAUAUCUUGAUCUCUCCAACAUUGAGAUCGAAGACUUACCCAACUCCAUUUGCAAGCUCUACAAUUUGCAAACUUUUAGAGUCAAUAACUGCUUUUCACUCAGGAAGCUUCCAGAAGAAAUGGAAAAUAUGAUAAGUUUGAGACACAUAUAUUGCAACUAUCAUUACCAAUUAGAUAUUCAGAUGCCAAUUAAUAUGGGGCAAUUGACUAGUCUUCAGACGCUACCAUUUUUCUAUGUAGGUUUGGAGAAAGGUCGUCGAAUAGAAGAAUUAGGUCAUUUGAAAAACCUUAGAGGUGAAUUGACUAUCAAAGGUCUCCAAUUAGUCAGAAAUACAGAUGAGGCUCGAACAACAUAUUUACAUGAGAAACCAAAUAUCUACCAGCUAGUGUAUUUAUGGUCCCACGAUGAAUCAGAAAGCUGUGAGAUCAAUGAUGAGUGUGUGUUGGAUGGUCUUCAACCGCAUCCUAACUUGAAAAACUUAGAAAUGGAGAACUAUUUGGGGACUAGUUUUCCUUCAUGGUUCAGUGAAGAAUUGCUACCAAAUUUGGUCGAGUUGAAAUUAAGUUGUUGCAAAAGGUGCAAAGAAAUUCCAUUGCUUGGCCAACUGAAGUUCCUUCGGCAUCUUGAGUUGAUAGGAUUCCUUGAAUUGGAAUGCAUCGGACCUAAAUUUUAUGGUGUUGAGAUUAAUGAUAAUGGAUCACACAGCAAUAAUGACAAUAUCCAAGUGUUCCCGUCAUUGAAAGAACUAGUAUUGGAGGAUAUGCAUAGCCUUAUUGAGUGGAAGGGAGAUGAAGUUAGAGUAAGAAUGUUUCCUGGGCUUGAGAAGUUGAGGAUUACAGAGUGUCCACUGUUAAAAAGUACUCCAACUCAAUUUGAAAUCCUGCGUGAAUUAAGAAUUGAAAGAGUUGACAGUGAAAUGCCAUUGUUGAACUUGUGCAGCAACUUAACAUCUCUUGUGGAUCUUGUUUUCAGUAACGUGAAAGAGCUCACGUGUCUUCCCGAUGAGAUGCUACGCAACAACGUUUCUCUUCAACACCUAUCGGUCUCAGAAUGUGGAGAGUUUCGUGAAUUGCCACAAAGCUUGUACAAUCUCCAUUCUCUUAAGAGGUUAGAGAUUACCAGCUGCACCAAUUUCAGUUGUUUUCCUGUUCCCAGUGGAGAGAAUUAUUUGACUUCCCUCCAAAGUCUUGAGUUAUGUUAUUGUGAUAUAUUGACCAGUUUACCAAGUGGAAUGCUAGAUCAUUGUCUGUCUUUGGUAUCUUUGAAUGUCUUCCAUUGUAACAACUUAGUUCCCUUCCCUUUACCCUCAGGGGACCUUCACCGCCUAGGGAUAUUGCGAAUUGGUCCUUUCUCAGAGAUGGUGAAUUUUGAGGCAUUCCAAUUGAUUUUUAAUGGCAUUCAGCAGCUGUUGUCCCUUCGUAGGUUGUGUGUGUACGGACGUUUGCAGUGGGAUUCUCUGCCCAGUCAGCUUAUGCAACUCUCUCACCUAACACAUAUCUAUAUAUAUGAUUUCGGAAUUGAGGCUCUUCCUCAUAGUCUUGACAACCUCACUUCUCUUGAAACAUUACAACUAAUGAGGUGCAAACGGCUACAACAUCUGGACUUCUCAGAUGCCAUACCCAAAUUACGGUAUCUGUGGAUGUAUGAUUGUCCAUUGUUAGAAGGCAUGUCGGAUGGGCUCGGCACCUUUUUUCUUUGGAACAGUUAA